UGUUGUAACGUUACAUCGGCAAACACGCACACAUACACCGCUUUCUGGAGGACCAACGGAAAAUGCCAGGUGAACCACUUUUGACCUGGACCUUCCUUUUCACAACCGCUACAAAAUAUCAUAAAGAUCUAUUCAUCAUCUUAGCGUCUCGAGUUAUGUUUUCCAUAUUAUUAACCAAAUGUACAAAAAUACAAAGCUCGCUGCAGUACCCUACGAAAAUGCCAUUUUAGAACUUGACUUUCCUUUUUACAGCCUCUACAUACUACAAAAUAUCCAUUCACAGUUUUUCGCAUAGGAGGCAUUUUUACAUUCAUUUUUAGACUCGGAUGAUUAUGCAAGGACUUUUUUAAUGUUUCGGACUGCUCCACUUAACACAGGGGUAUUCCUGACAGUUAUACAGAACAACACGCUGCCCGACUACUGCGCACGACAUCUAACUUGUAAUGGUUACACCACGAAUAUAAACAACUAAAAACUGAAUCUGCGGUACGUUGGUGGCAUCGUUGUGCCAUAUGGCCUAGCGAUUUAACAAAACUCUUGAUGAAUUUCGUUGAUAAAAAAACGAAUCUUUUUUAAUCUUUGUGUGUUUGUCGUCUUUUUAGUCAUACACGUAAUGCUUUUCAUGAUAUUCCCAUUAUGACGAAAAUGAUGCAUACACGCCGCCAAAGUGGCACAGCUUCAGUGAUAUGCCCGCUAAACAAAAAUACAGUUUCUAAUCUUCGUAAAUGGCACGUAUGUACUAAAACUCAUUCCGGUUUUAAAUAUGCCCGGAGCGCUAUAUUAAAACGUUUUGAUUCUAGCCCAGGUGCAUGUACCUCCAUGUUGUAACGGUUUAUCACUUUAAGGGCCCUUUUGUCUGCGAUAAUGCAAAAGUACGGAUGUUAAUUCAAGUGCAUACACUUUUACAUACCUCUACGUGGAAAGGAUGGAAGAACAAUCAAUAUUUUCUUGCCUUGGAGCAAUGUUAUCUGUAUGGUGAAAUAGUCAUCGGUGGGGAAGCGCCACCCAGCGGCAUUCUCGAUGGCGACAGCUGCAACACUGAGAUGACGAAUCAGCACCAAGGAUAUCGCCCAUCUUUGCCUUUUCCGGGGUUGACGGCAGGUAUCGAUGUUUGGUUUUGUGUAAAUUGAAAACGAAUUGAAACGUAACAAUGGUGCUCAAUGACCCAUCCAACGCAACGACUUAUAUUUCGUUAUUUUAUAAUAGUUGAAUGGGUUAUAACGUUAGUCAUAUAGAGAGAGUAUUUCUUUUUCUAGUCAUACCGCGAGAGAAAGUAGUCCAUUCCAUGAACGCGGAGCGGCUUGACUAUUUUGCAGACAGCUUGCUGUAAUGAGGUGAAUAAACCAAAACUCUAUUUUCUAGUUGAUUUAACUACCCAGCCUUCUUGAUGGGCCUGUUUUCAAUAUCGAAUUGCCAUAUAAUGCUGGGACGUAGUACCAAGUUUAUUCACCGCCACAACCCGAUUGUUAUUCUUGUGGUCAUCCAUGGUACAGAACAGGAAUGAUGAAACGAUUGUUGUGUUCAGAAAAUGAUAAUAUGUUCUUAUGUGUACAAAUGAAUUGAUCAAGUCAAGUAGAUUAUCUAUGCCAGUUCACAAGUAACAGUCUAAAGGCUAAAUAGGGGCUUAUACCAUAGAAAUAAGUCCACGCAUUAUUUGUUUUGAACAAUUUCUUUUAGUUCUAACAGUGAAAAUCCAGGGACAUUCCUCCUUGCGUUCGAUUUUCUUCCUGUUUACCCCGGUUGCCAUGGACACAGGUUCCACACAGAUGACAAGUUCCAGUCCGUGAACUAGGUCUGACGUUCUGACAAGUCGAGAAUUUGCGACGUUGGUUUCUGAAUUCUGAAGUGAACGCGACUGUGUCGAAGUGAGGAAAGAUGACGACUGUGUCAAAGGAAGUGAGAAGUGUUAAGCGGUAUAUGAAGCAGAGUCAGGGAGGAGAAGCAGCAACCUCCUUUAGCCACAGUCUGAGGAGAGAUACAUGUACAGCUACAGUCCAGGAGAGCCUGUAUGUUCUUCACAAAUUGUUUUGCAAGAAAAAGGAAGACGCCUCCCCGUUUAACAGGGAGGCUGCAGAGCUUCUAGAGCUGGCUCAAGAGCAAGCUGAAGCUGCUGAGGAUGACCUGGUCAGGACGUCCUUCCAUAAUGCAGAACUGCAGAUGCUGCUAACUGAUGAGAAGCUACAAGCUGAUGAUGCAAAGGUCCAACACGAAAGGGAGCUCUCUCAGGCCCAUGCAGACUUAGAAAUGGCCAUCUGUGACCUACAGGAGGAAAAAAACAGGAGUGCCCAGAAGCACAUCCUGAUAGAUGACUUGAAGGCACAGGUUGCCAUUCUAAAGACAGGAGGGUCCCGUUUCAGCAGUAGAUAUGAGGCCAGAGCCCACAUCUCACCUGAAGAGGCAGAAGCGAUGGCAUACAGGAUCGCAGAGCUGGAGGUCGUGUUAGAGGAACAGAGAAAUGAACACACCAAGCUAACAGCCCAGUUACAACAGUCUAAGGAAAAGAGUCUGCCAGCUUACACAGAACAACAAGACCACUCGUUCCUGCCUGAGUGCUUCCUGGCCCGCAGCGCCUCGCCCAUUGAUGAGGAAGAGAUGCUGCCAGCAGACAAGGAACACAAAGAGGACUCUUUCCUGCCUGAGUGCUUCCUGGCCCACUGCCCCUCAUCCAUUGAUGAGGAAGAGAUGCUGCCAGCAGACAAUGAACACAAAGAGGACUCUUUCCUGCCUGAGUGCUUCCUGGCCCACUGCCCCUCACCCAUUGAUGAGGAAGAGAUGCUGCCAGCAGACAUGGAACACAAAGAGGACUCUUUCCUGCCUGAGUGCUUCCUAGCCCGCUGCCCUUCACCCAUGGAUGAUGAUGAGGAGAACCUGACCUCUGAUAUGAACAUGGACAUUGCUCCCCUCAUGGAAGAACUGCUCAUCAACUCCAGCUCUCUCCUGCGAGCAGAUUCAGUGUCAGCCUUGGAGCAGGAGUCGCAGGACAUUUUGUGUCUAUCUGAGCUGCUGAGUUCAACAUCUGCUGUGAGCUUGACAUCAUUGUGCAAUGGAAGUCAGGAAAAGUCUCAAGACACCAAAAUGGUAAAGUCGCAAGCUUCAGUGAACAAAGAGACGUGCAGUGGACUUCUUCAGUCUAUGCUGCAAGAGGCACAUCAAAUCUUGUCUCUGAGUGCAAAGUUGGCCACACCGUCACCUCACCAUGACAAGACAGGGCCAAUCAAAGUGCAGCUUGGUCAGGUUGUGAAGACAGAGCUUCCCACAGAGGCGACCUACAGGACAACAGUGGAGCCUUGCCAGGGGUCAUGUUGUUACACAACCACUUACAUCAGCAGCAACAAGGACAUUACUGUCUACCAGCAGCUGUGAACUGUUCCACUGCUCUAUAAUGAAUUGCUGAAUUGCUCUAUAAUAUAUGCUGUGAAAGUGAUAGUACAAUCAUAAUACAUUCCAACAUGUUUUCCGGAGGUCUUAUUUGCAAAGGAGAGACCUACAAUAAUUUUAUCAAGAAAUGAAAAAUAUAUAUUUGUAUGGCCAAUUUUAUCAAACAUUUUCAAAAUGAGAGAUGCUUUAUUUUCACACCAAACAAUUUUAUGUGAUUGUCAUAAGCAAUGGCUGUGAAGGAGACAUGCAGUCUGACAAUACAUGUCUGAACUGUGUACAAGGCUGUGUUGUAUUCCUUGUUCUCAAAGUUUAUGGCUGCUACACAUUUUCUGACUAGUCUUUCUAUUGAACGAUCUUAUUGAUAAGUCUAUAACUGCAGGCUAUACUGACGUUCCAAGGAAGACAAAGACAGGUUGCCACCCGAAGAAUUCAGCCCAUCA